AUGGGGGUCGACGUUCCCAGUAACGUUGUCAACAUUGUCUGCAAAAGCGGCGAGUUCAUCAUCGGUCAUACCUUUAACGGUCAAAUGAAGGCUAUCGAACGUCGCAUGAACAUUUCCCGAACACUACUCAAAGAGAUGCCCGAAAGCUCGUAUGAUCCAAAUGUCGUUUCUCCCGAAGAGUUGGAGAACAUCAAGAAGGAGUUCAGAAAUUUGGAGACUCUGUAUCAGUCUUUAGUUAGACUUCGGACCAAGUGGUCCACCUCUCACUUUAGUGUUAUGGCGAUCAGCCAAGCGCAUAAAACUGCGGCUGGGGCGAAAUCUCUCAAAUUCGGAUUGAGGGAAGUGUCUGAACGAGCAGCCAAUCACGAAUCGUUACGCGAAUUUGAAGCCCAGAUUGAAAAGGCCACAUUAAAGGUCAAGGUGUCUGAUGCCAGGGCGUUACCUUCAGCUGGAUCUGAAGGUGGUCCAACGAAUGGAGCAUCAACUUCUACUAUCAUCAUGGCAACAGAGAGGGAAAGUCAGUCCCAGGUACCAUUGCGCGUGGACAUCUCCCAGACAGCAAGAACUGAUUCUGCUGAAGGUGGUCCUAGGGAGUGUGCGGUUCUUGACUCGCCUACCUCUGAGCCGACGGAUCCGGAAUACAUGAAAGCACGCCAUGAGUUUCUAGACAAGGCUGCCGACGUACUGAUACGUACUGUGGCAUUGGGUUACCCGACCCUCCAUGUCGACGCUGAUACCCUCAAAGCGGCUGUUCAUGCGGUGGUCCUUGACAGAUAA